AUGCAGCCAACCAGAGCUUUUGCACAACAUCUCAAAGUUGGUCCGUGUUUGACACGGCCAGCCUACAGAGACGGCCGUCGUAAGACCGCAGUCAAAGUAUUCACUGUUGCUACUGAAUCAGCCUAUCUGUUACUUUUUGGUGUCCCGUCCGUGAAUUUAGAUCAGCAACUGAAAGACCAAUGCAAACAGAUUGGACCUUUGCAGUCAAUAACCAAAUUGACUGAUUAUCCGGAAAGGGAACGUUUCACAGAUGUGUUUCUCGUCAAAUUUGAUUCUGUCCAAACGGCCAGGUGUGAACGUAUUCCUUUUGCGCAAUUGGUUAAGCUAGAUCACUUUGCGUUAUUUUUCCGUAUUCACUCCCUCUCCCCAUCCCCGAUUGUGUCCACCCCCGAUCUACCCAGUACCACGAAAUCUAUUAUCCUUAAUGCCAUUUUUUGCUCACACAGGAAAGCCAAGCGUAAAUUAGAUGAUAGCAGUUUCUAUGGUGGGUCGCUUCACAUAUGUUACGCUCCCGAGUAUGAAACAGUCGCUGAAACUCGAAUUAAAUUGCAUGCCUGCCGUCGUGAUAACGGACGGAUCGCCCGAAAAGCCGAGUAUGAUUACGCGCAACGACUGCGCGGCUGUACGUCGUCAUCGCAGCCGGACGCGUUUCCGAAUGAGAAUGUGGACACCGUUCCUGCUUCGAAUUCUGACGUGUCUGGUGCGCUGGAAGACUGUCGUGGUUCUAGUCUUCCCAGUUCAUCUAUACCGUCACAUGUCAGCUCAGGUGACGCCCUGGAUGAUGCACGUCGCUACUGGUUGGAGCGUGGAAUGGAUUGGAUGCAAUUAGGUGUGCCACCACCAAAUGCCCCUCCCACUCCAGAUACUUCUCAGGCCGGUAAAAACGAUCGAGCACAGGACCAAGUAUCAUGCAUGGGACCCAAUGGGAGACCACUCCCCUUACCCGUGUUACAGGCACUCAGUUGGCGUCCGUAUCGUGUUCCCGCCCGUGCUACCAAACCCGAUCAGCCUAAUCAACCGACCCCCACUCCAGGUUCGUCGACUGAUCUGAGCGAUAAUCGAGUACCGGCCGACCCGUCCUUGUUCGUACCUCGUUGCCUUCAAGUGCAUUCCUCGUCUAACAAAGCAAACACUCAGUCAUCCAACCCUGCUCCUUCCUCGAGAAAUCCAAUUAAUGUGGGCGAAUUGAAACGAUUGGCUCUAACUUUAGGACCUGUGCAAGGACCUUCAUUACAACCAGUUGGUAAUCAAGUAGUGUUAUCUGCGCAGAAGCGUACAAAAAGGCUCAAUCGAUGGAUACCAUCCCCUCGUGUAUCUUGUUCACGCAAGAUGUGCGUGCUUCGCACUGCACAAUUAUUACCGGAAUAUAUCGUGAAAUGA